AUGGAGAAUCAGGAUAAUGAUAAUACAUACCAAGAUGAGCUAGACUCAUCCUGUGUUGAAGACACAGAAACAGCCAGUGAGGUAAGUUCAUCCCAAGAUCGAAAUGAAGAACCAGAGAUCUGGGAUGUGGAAGAGAUUCCAGUUGUGAGUACAAGAUGCUUUGAAGAUGACCAGCGAAUACCAGGGGAUAUUUUGGGGAUGUCUGGUGAUCAAGUUUUGAGACAAGCUGCAGUCUCUGACAACCAGCUGAGACCACCACAGAACAUCGUCAACCUUGGGGGAAAUAUCCUUGAACUCCCUUUUCCAGUAAAACUCUGGAUGAUCGUGGAAGAUGACACCAUCCAGUCUGUGAGCUGGAGUAAUAAUGGAGAUAGCAUCAUCAUUGAGGAAGAGCUAUUUCAGGGAGAAGUUCUUCAACGAACAGACGCUGACAGAAUAUUUGAAACAGACAGCUUAAAAACCUUCAUCCGGCUACUUCACCUACAUGGAUUCAACAAAAUAGGCUUGAGUUCUUCAUGUGACAUUCCAGGAAAGAAAAGAGUUAAGGUCUACUGCAAUCCUAACUUCCUGAAAGAUCAGCCUCAUCUCAUUGAUAACAUCCAAAGAAAAAGCAAACGAAGAGCAACUCCUUUCCCAGACAGCACAAUGGCAGCUCUACAGGGAAAGAUGAUGGUAUCUUUAGGACAUCUUCCUCAAGUCCAUACCAGUAAGUCUACCCAAGAAGUUGAUCCAGAUGUAGAGAUGAAAGUUACUACUCAAGGCCCUGACAAUGCUCAAUCUUCAAUGUCAAUGAGCAAUAUAUAUCAAUCUCUUGUGGAAACCUACAAUAUUAGUGAGAGAUGUGGACAAAGAGAGGAGAGCAUGCCCAGAAAUAGCAUCUUUGAGUCUGCAACUAAUGAGAAAGUGCAGGACCUAGAAAUAUCCAGUAGUCUCCCCAUGUCUUCUACUGGUAAUUCUAUGAUGGCUCUGUGCAACAACUCGGCAAAUGAGAAUAGUGAUGAUGAGGAUGAGCCAGAGGAGGGCCCCUCAGAUUACUAUUGUGAACUGUGA